UACAUGAGUUACGGCGGUCACUCGCUGUGAGGGAGCUGAGACCGCGAACACACGCGCCACCGCCGCCGCCCAGAGCUGAAUAUUCACCAACCUAGACGCAAAUAUGUCUCGGUGUUGUUUUUCUGCCGUGGUCUGGCUACUUGUUGGACUGACGGUGUGUGGAGGGGGUCAUGCCCUGACCUACAAGGCGACCUUUGACAUGGGCGGAACGCGAGGGACCGUGACUUUUCAGGAGCCGGCUGCCUCGACCAGAGUCGACAUCGCGCUGACCGGACUCGCUGGCUCCUGGGGCCUCCAGAUCCGGACGUUUCCGGUUGCGUACGACACGGCAGAACCUUGUUCCAACCUGGGAGCGAGUUACCACGACUUCAGCGGAAACAUCAACCCUACUUCUACUGUUACACCGGACCUCACUGGGAAAACCUUGUCUCACAGAUCCGUACUCCUGACUGACACCAGUGACUCAACCAACGUUCGCUGUGCCACCAUCCUGCCGGAGUCCAUCAGCAUGUCGACUGCCAUUGCCAAGUUCGGUGGCAAAGUCAGCGGUGUCGUCAUGUUCCGUCAGCAGUCGGACGACCCGUCUUCCCAGACAGUCGUCAUAUCCAACCUCUUCUAUAGCCAGGAUACGGGUUCCGCCGCGGACACCAGUAACAACUGGGAGGUGCGUAGCAAGGCUCCGGGCAGCAGUGGAGACCGGUGUGCUUCAACAGGCAGCGUUGUCACAAGCCUGGGGCAAACCACGGUAGGAGCAACUUCAGCGAGCGGGAGGAAGUUCGACACGAAGAACGGCCUGGCUCUGUCCGACGGAGGCAGCAUCGUCGGAAAAUGUCUCGUCUUGAAGGACUCUUCUGACGCUGUCCUGGCAAGUGCAGAGAUUUACCAGCUGGAAGCAGUUUCGGUGUCUGCAAGGUUCGAUAUGAGCGGGGUUAAGGGGACAGUGGACUUUUCCCAGGACUCUCCGUACGGUCCCACCACUGUUACCAUAAACGUCAACAACAUCAGAGCCAACGCGAUCAACUACCACGUCCACGAGUACCCCAUACCGGUCAAGGCAGCUGAGGUGAGCAUGUGCAGCGUGAUGUACACGGGAGGCCACCUCAAUCCUUUCGGCAAGGAUCCCAGUUCCGCCAGCUACCCCCGUCCCGCCGAGGGCACGGGUGACCAGUACGAACUCGGCGACCUGAGUGGAAAGUUCGGCAACCUCAGCGCGAUGUCCAGCAUGUCUAAAACCGAGACAGACUGGUACCUCCCUCUGUACGGGCGCUACAGCAUCGUCGGCCGCUCCGUCAUCAUCCACGACACGAGCGGCGGCCGGUGGGUGUGCGCGAACAUCGGUUACCCCGGUGACGUCGUCACGGCGAUGGCGGUGUUCAAGACGCCCGUGGCCGGCCACAUGGUCCUGCGGCAGGUGAGGGACAAGCCAUACAUGGACACGUCCGUGUUCCUCUCGGUCGCGUACAUCGACGGGACGGCCGGGACGUCCGACCACAGCUGGCACGUGCACGAGGACUCCAUGGGCUCCGACUACGCCGCGGUGGAGAACCGCUGCUCCAGCACGGCGGGGCACUUCAACCCGUACGCCGUCGACCUAUCAGGGAACUACGCCUCGCAGUGCCGCGGCACCAACCCCUUACGCUGCGAGCUCGGAGAUUUGUCCGGCAAGCACGGGAAGAUCGACGUCACCUCGGAGGACGGCGUCAGCAGGAACUUUUUCACCGACGUCGAUCUCCCGCUGUCCGGCCCGCACGCCGUGAUCGGCCGCUCCAUGGUGAUCCACCAGGCGAACUCCGGCGGCGGCAGGCUGGCUUGCGCGAACAUUUUCCAGCUGCCGGCCGUGGAAGUCUCGACGCAGAGGUGGCACGCACAGGGGGGCGUCAGCAGCGUCGUCUCAGGGACCUUCAGCGUGACCCAGGCCUCUCCGUUCGACGCCACCACCACCGUCAUCAACGUGACGGGCCUGAGCAACAACGCGGACACGUAUCAUGUGCACAAGCUCCCUGUGCCGUCCGGCAAGGACGACCCGUGCAGCGCCACCUCCGUCGCCGGACACUACAACCCCUUCAACGUCGUCAUCGGCGACAGCCCCGCCAGCGGGAGAGGAACGAGCGACCAGUAUGAGAUCGGGGACCUGAGUGGGAAGUACGGGUCCAUGCAGGGACAGACCGGCUUCUCCGAGACGAACCUGGACGGCAACCUGCCCCUGUUCGGGACGUACAGUUCCAUCGGGAGGUCGAUCGUGAUCCACGACAACAGCGGCGGCAGGUGGCACUGCGCGAACUUGACCCGAGUGCUGCCCCCGGAUGCGUCCACGGUGUCCGCCAUGGCCAAGUUCGAAGCCACAAGUCCAGCGGGUGAAAACUCCAUCGAAGGCAAAAUCAUUUUGACUCAGGUGAUUUAUGCAGACGGCAGCGGGGGUGACACGACACUGCAGGUGGACAUCAGGUACGCCAAGGAUACCAGCAAAAGCAAAAAGACGUCUGACCACAGCUGGCACAUCCAUGAGCAGCCUGUGAACGGUGACGGCAACACCCUCACUUCUCCCUGCUCCAGCUGCAGGGGACACUUCAACCCUUACAAUGCAGACCUGGGGGGAAACUACGCCACCCAGUGCAAGCCAGGGAACCCCCUGCGGUGCGAGCUGGGAGAUCUGAGCGGGAAACAGGGGAAGUACUCGGUGGGAGGGGGGCUCCGAGUUUACACCGACGUGGAUCUUCCUCUCUUUGGCGAGCUCACAGUUGUGGGUCGUUCCAUUGUGAUGCACGAGGCGAAUGGCGGGGGUGGCAGGCUGGGGUGUGGCACCAUCGAACCUAUGACACAGACAGCCACCAUUGCGUUCCCACCCAUCGAUAACUUCGACUCGACUGACUUCCGCUCCACGGUAGCCAGCCUGUUGGAGAUCGAAGUGUGGAAAGUCGCCAUCUAUUACAGGUCUGAGUCCAAUGCCAUACAGGAGUGCCAGGAGGUCACCUUCUACGUUCUUGGUGACAUUGCGCCAGGUAAGGUUACUGGGUUAGUGAAUGGGAGCCAGGCCAGUGAACUGGGGAAAUACUCACCAGGGGAGAACUGCAAGAGCUACGUUGGUACUCCUCCUCAGGCUGGGGAGGUCUCCUCCUCUGCAACAACCUGGCGUGAAACCGGCGUCCUCUUCUCAACACUGCUGCUCGGCAUUGUGGGAUGGCUGUUGAGCUGAAGUAGCCCCGCGGCCCCCUGGGAUAUUCCCCAUUGCAUCCUGGGAUGGCUGUGCUGCUCCUGGAGGCUUGGAAGGAAUCAUUCGAUUGUAAUUUUGUACAUAGUGAAAGAAAUUCCUCUGAAUACUACCUCUCUCUUCCUUCAUUACUGGUUUAUGAUUCAGCACAGUUCUGUACAGUAUUGUGAUUUUUGUUUCUUUUGGACUGUGGAAUACUAGCAACUGAAAACUUAUAACACUGUAACCUAUGGAAAUAGGCUUUAAUGUAGCCUGGGUACCAUCCUCCGUAGUUUCUGCCAUCUCCUAAUGUCAUACACUGUAGUGGCCAGUAAGCUGGCAGAAACUACA